UCUCUCUCUCUCUCUCUCUCUCGCUCAGAUUAUCUCCAUCAUCGUGCCGCUGAGAUGUCGUCUGCAGACGCAGCAGGUAAUGCAGGAGGUGCUGAUGGAGAAGGGGGGCCACCGGCUGCCGCCCCAAACCUGACCAGCAACAGGCGGCUGCAGCAGACUCAGGCGCAGGUGGACGAGGUGGUGGACAUCAUGCGUGUGAACGUGGACAAAGUCCUGGAGAGGGACCAAAAGCUGUCGGAGCUGGACGACCGGGCCGACGCCUUGCAGGCCGGAGCCUCACAGUUCGAGAGCAGCGCCGCCAAACUGAAGAACAAGUACUGGUGGAAAAACUGCAAGGUGGGUCGCUUUAUUUUUCCGUCUCAUUCUUUUUAG